CUUCUUAAACAGCAAAUAACAGAGAAUAAUCUUCGGAUUUUGGGUUUAUGUGAUCCAAUUGAGGAAAGUGAUCUAUUAGAAGAAUUAAAAAAUAUAGAUCGUGAGAAAACACCGCCACCUAUAAUAGAAUACUUUACAGACUGCUGGAUGACUCCAGUUAAACCGAAACCAUCUAAUCCAGUCCAGCCUAAAAAGGAUCAAAAAACAAAAAGAACAAGUUUUCUUGAAAGAUUAAAAAGUGCGAAGAAAUAA